AUGAAUAAAAAUAUUAUUCAAAUAUAUAUGUUUGUGUUUAUAUUAUUACUUAAACAACAUAUUGUUAUUUUAAAGAAUGAAGAAAUUACGCAUCCCCAUUCAAUAACAAAGAAGGAUACUAAAUCUAUUGUAAAUGUUAAUAAUAAAUUGAAGAAUAUUAAUAUACAUGAAUUAGAUACUAUUAGUAGAAAAGAUUUUUCUGGAAGUGAUAAUAAAAAUUAUAUUUUAAUAAAAUUAAAAAAGCAGGAUAUUUUUUCCAAAAAAUUAUCUACUUAUUAUGGUCAAGUACAAAUAGGUGAAGAAUCAGAAAAUAAUUUGAACGUUCUUUUUGAUACAGGUUCAUCAGAAGUAUGGAUUUUAAAUGACACUUGUAAAAAUAGAUUGUGUAAUAAUCUACAUAGGAAAUAUAAGAGGACUAAAUCAUUUGUUUAUAAGUAUGAUAAGAAGGGUUUACCUUCAAUUAUAGAAAUAUUUUAUCUUAGUGGGAAAAUAGUUGCUUUUGAAGGUUAUGAUACUAUCUAUAUAGGGAAAAAAUUAAACGUUCCGCAGACGAAUAUUUCUUUCGCUACCAAGGUUGAUAUACCAAUAUUAGAGGAGUUCAAAUGGGAUGGUAUAAUUGGAUUGGGCUUUGAAAAUGAGGACUCCAAAAAGAGAGGAAUAAAACCAUUUCUAGAUCUUUUAAAGGAUGAUAAAAUAUUAACUAAUAAAAAUUAUAAAAAUCAAUUCGGAUAUUACUUGUCAGAUAAAGAAGGUUAUAUUACAUUGGGUGGAAUAGAUAAUAGGCUGAAGAAUGCUCCUGAUGAAGAAAUAAUCUGGACUCCUGUCUCCACCGAUAUGGGAUACUGGACAAUUCAAAUUAUGGGUGUUAGGAAAGAGUAUGUGACUAACCAUUUUGAAGAAAAGAAAGAAGAGGAUGAAGUAAUAGUAAAAUAUGAAGCAUUUCAUGAUGGAGGUAAAAAUUCUAUUAUAGAUACAGGAACGUAUUUAAUUUAUGCUCCUAAAUAUACUAUGGAUAAUUAUCUAAAGGAUUUAAAAAUAAAUAAUUGUGAUGAAAAAUAUAAUCUUCCACAUUUAAUAUUUCAAAUAAAAGCUGAUGAAAUAAAAACAAUAAAGGGUGUAGCUAUAAUAGAAAUUGUAUUAACACCUAAUGAUUAUGUUAUAGAAUAUGUAGAUAAGAAAAAUAAUACAAAAGAAUGUAUAAUAGGAAUACAACCUGAUGAACAAUCAGAAGAAGAUAAUAUUGAUGGAUGGACCUUAGGUCAAGUGUUUUUAAAAUCAUACUAUACAAUAUUUGAUAAAGACAAUUUAAAAAUAGGCUUUGUCAGAAGUAAAAGAAAUGUAUCCUUAAAGUGA